UUGGUUGUUUGUGUGUAUCGCGUGAGGAGCAUUGACUCAUUCGCCAUUUUUAUUUUUUCCAUUUGUCGUUUUUGGGUGUUGCUGCAGACGGAAAAAUAAAAAUCAUCAAAAUGGAGAUGUCAUUGAAUCCAGUGCGUGUGCUGAAGAGCGAGGCUCAAGAGGAGAAAGCUGAAAUGGCCCGCCUGUCGUCAUUUAUAGGUGCCAUUGCCAUUGGCGAUCUCGUUAAAAGCACUUUGGGGCCAAAGGGUAUGGACAAAAUCCUAGUAGCUCAUGGCCGUAAUGCUGGUCAAGUUGAAGUAACAAACGACGGCGCAACCAUUUUACGAGCGGUGGGUGUAGACAAUCCCGCCGCCAAAAUAUUGGUAGACAUGUCGCGUGUUCAAGAUGAAGAAGUUGGAGAUGGUACUACUUCAGUGACAGUGUUAGCGGCAGAACUUUUACGAGAAGCUGAGAAAUUGGUUGAACAAAAACUACACCCUCAAAUUAUCAUAGCUGGCUGGCGUUUAGCUACUGAGGUGGCACGAGAAGCACUUAUAAAAGCUUCCCAGGACAAUUCUGCAAAUGAUGUAAAAUUUAAGGAAGAUUUGCUGAACAUUGCCAGAACAACAUUGUCGUCGAAAAUUUUGCAUCAACACAAAGAAUUUUUUUCAAAACUAGCUGUGGACGCUGUUUUGCGACUUAAAGGCUCAGGAGAACUGCAUGCAAUUCAAAUAAUCAAAAAGACUGGUGGUACAUUGGAUGACUCAUUCUUAGAUGAAGGUUUUCUAUUAGACAAGAAGCCAGGCGUGCAUCAACCUCAGCGAAUUGAAAAAGCGAAAAUUCUUAUUGCGAAUACACCAAUGGAUACUGACAAGAUCAAAGUAUUCGGAAGUACAAUCAAGGUUGAUUCUUUAGCAAAGAUUGCCGAUCUGGAACUAGCAGAAAAGGAGAAAAUGAAAGAUAAGGUUCAAAAAAUACUUAACCACAAUUGUAAUGUCUUCAUCAACCGCCAACUUAUUUACAAUUAUCCUGAGCAAUUAUUCGCGGACGCUGGUGUUAUGGCCAUUGAACAUGCCGACUUCGAUGGAAUCGAACGUUUAGCACUAGUUACAGGUGGUGAAAUCGUUUCGACUUUCGACAACCCAUCUUUGGUCAAAUUGGGCGAAUGUGACGUCAUCGAGCAAGUGAUGAUUGGCGAAGACACACUUUUACGUUUCAGUGGCGUAAAAUUAGGUGAAGCCUGCACAGUUGUGAUACGCGGUGCUACACAACAAAUCAUAGAUGAAGCUGAUCGUUCAUUGCACGAUGCACUAUGUGUUCUUGCAGCUACGGUAAAAGAAUCGCGUAUUGUUUACGGUGGCGGUUGCUCUGAAGCGCUUAUGGCCAAUGCUGUGUUGAAAAAGGCUGCCGAAACUGCCGGAAAGGAGGCGAUCGCAAUGGAAGCUUUUGCAAGAGCUUUACUGGCAUUACCUACAGCUAUUGCCGACAAUGCUGGGUAUGAUUCAGCGCAGUUAGUGUCGGAGUUACGUGCUGGACAUGCGCAAGGUAAAUCUACAGCUGGUUUGGACAUGGAAAAGGGUAAAGUUGGCGAUAUGAAAGAACUCGGUAUCACAGAAUCGUUUGCUGUAAAGCGACAGGUAUUAAUGUCUGCUGCUGAGGCAGCCGAGAUGAUAUUACGUGUUGAUGACAUCAUAAAAUGUGCACCACGAAGACGUGUACCAGACCGAGGUUAUUGUUAGAUUUUAAGUUCUUAUUUAAUGUAUUAUUUUGUCAAAAAGGAAAAAAAGAUGGAAAAAUUCACUUAACACCCUAAUGUUCUAAUAAAUUGGUCGCCUAACUGUAUUUAACAAAUGGAAAUUGGAAUUACCCAAUUAGCCCCUUAAUGGUUUUAGCUAUUACUUUACAGCACGAAGUAUUCAGAAUAGCGUGCUAGCUCUAAGCACAUUCUCAUUUUAAUUUACAAUAAAUUUGUUAAUAACUUAAAUCAAAA